AUGUCUUCAUCUUCAUCCGAUGAUUUGGAAGAAAUAUUGGACGAAAUUUUCGACGAAAUCUGCGAAGAUACUUUCAACAACAUCGAGGCCCAAACCAAUAAGCAACGGAAACGUGCUUAUAUAGAACGAAACCGUGAAGCAGGACACAACCGUCUAUGGAAUGACUACUUCAGCGAAAAUCCCGCAUUUGAACCACAUUUAUUCAGACGCCGUUUCCGUAUGAACAAGGAAUUAUUCAUGCAUAUUGUCCAUAUCCUCUCAGUGAACGUUCCAUUCUUUCAACAAAGAAGAGAUGCUACCGGGAGGUCUGGUCUUUCUCCACUACAAAAAUAUACGGCAGCAAUUCGUAUGCUUGCUUAUGGUUCUGCGGCUGACGCGGUGGACGAAUAUCUCCGACUUGGUACGUUAAACGAUAUUAAUGUCCUUGAUCGGUCUCCUGUUUUUGAGGACAUUAUAGAAGGUCGAGCACCAAGGUUAGAAUACAUGGUCAACAGACACAAGUAUAAGUUCGCUUACUACCUCACAGACGGUAUAUAUCCAAAAUGGUCAACAUUUAUCCAAUCUAUCUCACUUCCUCAAGAUCCUAAAGCAGAGUUAUUUGCUAAAACUCAAGAAGCAGCCCGAAAAGUUGUGGAGCGGGCUUUUGGAGUAUUGCAAGCUCGAUUUGCGAUUGUCAAAAACCCGGCUCUUACAUGGGACAAAGAAAAGAUAGGAAAGAUUAUGCGAGCAUGUAUCAUAAUACAUAAUAUGAUUGUCGAAAAUGAACGCAAUGGAUACACUUGUAUCGACAUAUCGGAAUUGGAAGAAGGAAGCGUCACCAGAAGUUCACAGGUGGAAACCGAAACCGACAGGCCUACAAAUCUCAAUAACAUGUUUGUCAAUCAGAAUCAGAAAGAUCUUCGGGAUAGGCGUAUACAUGAACAAUUGAAAAAAAGAUUUAAUUGA